AUGAAUUACUAUUUUUUAAUUUUGGACCGCGGUUUAAUUAAUGGCAGUGUAAAGGCUGAGUCAUUUACUAAACUACCCCCUCCUUUACAUCCAGCUUCUAUGAUUGACUCCCAAAUUAAUCAGGGCAGUGUAGACGGCUCAGACUGUAUACCCACAUCGACAGCUGAAGAAGACCUUUUAGAAGAUGAUGACUUGAAUUUAGAGGAAGAAGAAGAAAGCGAAGAACUCCUCCAGCGACUAGCAACACGUCACUACUACAGCUACACAGCUGCCCUAGGCGUGACCGUAGGAGUCGGCUGUCUUCUCCUCGUCCUCAAUAUGCUCAUCUUCGCCGGGAUCUACUACCAAAGGGAACGCGACCGCAGGAGACAAAACUCCAACCGCAACUCCAGAGCAUCAUCCUCACCAUCCACAGAAACCAUCCCCAUGUCCCAAAGACCAUCCACACCGGGAUCAUCAGCAAGACAGAGUCCUGUAAAUCACAGGAAGGAAAAGUAUGAGAUGCCGCCGUGUUAUAACACUCUGGCGAGGAGUUUGUCCAUCCAGGAUGUGCCGCAGAUACAGAUGAACACCUUGAAAAGAGAUAAACCUCCACCACCUGUAAGAACAUCGAGCAAUCCUCCAGUAGGUACAGUCAAGAAGAGAGUGCAAAUACAGGAAAUAUCGGUAUAG